AUGGGAGAGAGAAGACACGCACGAGUGACUUUAGUUAAAGUACCACGUAUCUUGGAGGAAUGUCUGGAGGAAUAUGCUGAGGCACUGGAGAUAGGAACAAUAGAAGAGAGAGGUGACUCUAAUGUUCUUAAAAUAAGCCCACACAUUGGACCACAGAACUUCCCCAGAGAGUGGAUUAUUGAGCCCCUGGAGAAUAAGACGGGAAUAUUUACUUUUGUACAAAAACCACACGGGGCAUUCAUUGAUGGAGUAAUAACAGAUGAAGUAUAUGCUAAGCCAAAGAUAACCCCAGAAUAUUUAAAGUACAAAAGAGAAAGGAAUGCAGCACAGAACAUAAAAGCAGACGUAAAGGCAGUAGACAGCCUGAAGGAAGGCAUUCGCAUGGAGAGGUACGGUGCCACAGAGUAUGACCUAAUGGCCCGUAAGAGAAAGAAGAUGCUCAUGGAAAAGAAAAGAGAAAGACUUUCAAAGACAGAAGUCAUGGAUAUUCUGUUCAGGGCAUUCGAAGAGUACCCUUACUGGUCAGUCAAAGACCUGGCUGAUAGGUCUGGGCAACCACUUGCAUACAUCCAGGAACUUCUGCCUGGGAUUGCAGUGCUGAACAAAAAAGCACACAGGAAUAUGUACGAACUAAAGCCAGAGUACAAGAGUGGCACUAAUUAA